AUGAUAGUGACUCCAGGCAUAGUACUAGAUGCUCCAACGUACUACCAAGACGCUUUGAACGGGAAAUGUGAGUCGGAUAAGUGCGUAACUCUGCGGGAUUUGGAUCUUGAAACGGAUCAGAACUCCAUGCCGUUGAUGCUGACGAAGUUACCAUAUCCUUGCCAUAUUUUGGACUUAACAAAUAACAAUUUGACGCAACUCCCGCCGAUUAGUGAUAGGACGGAUGUGCACACGGUCUUGUGUUCAAGAAACCAAAUUUCGAGUCCAAAUGGUUCUUUACUACCGAGAAACGUGAAAAGACUUACUUUGGCAAGAAAUGGAAUCGAUAAUCUUGAGCAAUUAAACGACCUGAAAAGUGCACCCGCGAGCCUCGAAAACGUCAAUUUGCGUUCUAACGGUGUAUGCUACUUGCAAGGGUAUCGUGACUAUGUAAUACAACUUUUACCAGGUAUAAAAACUCUCGAUUUUACCGCUGUUUCCGAUGGGGAGCGGAGAAGAGUCGCUCAUGGGGCUGCGAAGAACUCGCUCGAAACAGACGCAAGCGUAACAAUAACUGCUGCAGUUUCCUCUGCUGCACCACGUGACAAGUCAGCCGAAUUGAUGUCAGACGUUGUCAUGAAGCUUGAUGAAGAUACACGCGAAAAGUUAAAGGAUCAACUCUCAAAUGCAACAACUCUAGAAGAAAUCGACAGAAUCGAGAAAAUUCUAUCUGGUGGCGUCUAA